AACAGAUUGACUUCAGUGGAAUUUCUCAAAGUGUGUACAUGCGCCAUGGCCUAUCACAAACGCACCGUCUCAAGAGGGAUGCAUCGAUGGCCUCAGGUCCUGCAGUCCCCCAUGGAUUCGACAUCAAACCAACUGCCUUACUCGAGGACGACUCUUUCGAAAGCUAUCCAUACGACGUCAGUUGGUACGACUGUUGGGUCCGUUACCAGAUGAAAUCCCAGCCACGAGAUCUCUAUUCUGUCCUAGAAACUGAAGCGAAACGGAACGAUAUUCCAAUUUUAGCAUUCGCCACCAUCUGGCACGAAGUGUGGGUUCAGGCCUCAAAGAGUGACUCCAGCAUUGACAGCAUUGUCACUUGUCUUUUUGACAAGAAAUUAGCAAACAUGCAUGAUGAUACUGAGUCCUUAAGCCACGCCACAAACCUCGUUUUUGCGAUAAUCGGAUGGCAAACAAUGCUGUACAAGCCGGAUACCGGGUCUUGUCCUCGAGCCCAGCUGGCUAUCGCGGACGAGACUGAUGGAUAUCGUGGGUAUGCAUACAUGAACCUGCGACAAGACCAAGGCGCGUCGGGGAAGGCUCUAUGUGAGUUCCUUAAGGGAUUUGGUGUACUGUUGCCAGGCUAUAAUUUUAGCACGCUGGCAUCAGACGAUGACAAGCGGGCUCUAGCGGCAACAAAAAUUCUAACACCGGAUUUGUUCAAUGUGCAUCUUCUUACCAACAUUGGUGGUAUCCAGAUCAGAUGGACCGAUAGUCUGGCAUGUCACCUUGAGUUUGAUGCUGAUUCGAGCAUGCUCUAUCUCUUUCGAUUUCCAACAUUCUGCGCAAUCAACCUGCUUGGUCAGGAGAAGUAUCAGAACAAGCCAACCAUUCAUUCUUGUGCAGCUCCGCCCAUCACUGCAUCGUACUGGGCAACCUAUGAGGAUAUCAACGACCUACUCCGAGAGAUCUUACUUUCUUACCGCCUACUUUUUGGGCAGAACAAGGCGUCUCGGCGGCUGUUCCGCUCAUUAACCCCGUUUAAAGACUUGCCUGAAAGAUGCAAAGACCACAGUCUAUCGGAACUGUGUGGGAGAAAGCAAAUCAAUUUUGGGACCCAGCUACCAGAGCGUGAUUCUUACAUCUUAAGUAAAGACUUUCCUAUCUUGCGAAGCCGACUGGCCACUCUCGCAUAUCAUUUCUCCAACAAGCGUCCAAGGACAUGGAAGGAAUUGUGGAACGAUAAGAGAAAUUCAGCAUCGUGGUUUACCUUCUGGGCUGUUCUGAUCUUUGGUGGAAUUGGCAUCAUUCUUGCUUUCGUGCAAGUUGUUCUCCAAAUUGUACAAGUCAGUCUUCAGAUAAAGCAACCCUAGUUCCGUUCAAACUUCCCGCUCAGCCCAGCUUUGGAUCACGCCUUUCACAGUCGCCGGAUACUCCUGCAGGACCACCUCCUCACCACGAAGAAAGGUGUUAGCCUGGACGAACACCCACCUUGGCUCUUGUUUUGCAAGAACAAUCUCGCGCCAUGCAAGGUGUUCUGCGUGAACGCUUGAAAGCUCUUCGUAAUACUCUCGACAUGAUUGGACGUCCCCAGUGCAACGGAACAAAUGCAAUUGUAGUAGC